AUGGAUCCGAAAUCACCACAGUCCUUACCUUCACCUACCUCACCUUCUUCGCCUUCCUCAUUUUCACCUUCUUCGUCUUCCCCCUCUUCGCCCUCUUUGCCUUUCUUGCCUUCAACGCCACCUGCCACGUCUUUACCCACACCCCCUAACUCGUCGCCUAUAAACCCGAUCGCAAAACGUGAUCUUCGACUGAUUAGGGGUGCAAAAUCCAAGCGUCCAGUAACACAGCUCCUCUCCUCGCCAUGGAAUUAUCAACCCCCGCGCCUUCAAACACAAAUCCAUACGCCCCAAGACCUUUAUAUUGCGGUCAAUAGAGCCCGGCACUACGAUGGUCAUGCUCCCUCACUCAAUCCAUCACCGGCAACUACGAAUCCUACGUUUCUUCCAUACUCUGGUAAUUUUGUCCUUGACGCAUCAUUCGCACUGCCAUCUGACAGGCAGCCACUUCUUGAGAAGAUCCGUCAGCUGCAGCAACGGCAGAAAGCAGAAUGCGCAGAGUUGGCGAAGAAGUUGAUCGAUUUGAUCCAGAAAGUGGACGGGUAUGAGUACGUGAAACUUGGGAAUGGAUCGCAGUUGAGCGGGCUGAAAACGGUGGUGGGGUGGUAUUUCCAUUUCGUAUGCUCGGCAUCGAAAGAGUGCUGUCCAAAGAGCAAUAGUAUUAGUAAUCGCGACUGUAAAGGGAGUAUAUAUGUAUCAAUGUCGACGGAGAGAGUAUACAUAUACUAUACGCAUCGGGACUUGCACGAGCCUGCAACACCUCGCGGGUUUGAAAUGGCAUUCGAAAAUCUACCGGCGGAGGUCAAGGUACAGGAUGGUGGGGUGCUUGUGGCUAUGCAGCAAUUGGAGGGAAUUGAGCGGGAAGUAGAUGUGGAGAGUGAGUCGUCGGGAGGGUCGGAUCAAUCAGAGAAGACCGAGCAGGAUCGCGGGGUAAAACCCAAGAAAGAGGUGGUAGGAGCAGAAAAGGAAAAACUGGUUGAUAUGCAGCAGCUGGAAGGUGGAAGAGCAGAAGGACAACUAAACCUCGACCAAUUAGAGGGUGGUGGGCGGGAAGGACAGUUAGAUCUCGAGCAACUGGAAGGAGGUCGGUCAGAAGGACAGCUCGAUAUCCGGCAAUUAGAAGAGAAUGGGCCUGAGGGGCAACUGGAUAUCGGUCAACUGGACAAUAUAUCACCAGAGCAUCGGGCGAAGACAAUACCAGCAGAAGUGGAAUCGAAAGUAUCAGGUUCUCCGGCGGAACCCACUCCCCUACCAACUCCGACACCCACUCCUCCGAAGCUGCGCCGAAAACCAAGCCCAAUAUCCAUUCCCCCAGUGUCCCCCCACCCUCUCGCUUCCCUCCAGCCACCCACUACUCCCCUUCCGCCAUUCACCCCAAACAUGUUGCCCAACAUCCGCCCAACACCGGCCGCAACUCCUGGAUCUGUGAAUCGUAAUCACAGCAAACUCAGCGCGCUCCGCGACAUGGUCGAUGCAUGGCAUCCGGAUGAUGAAUCCGGAGAGAACAACGCUCCCGAGAAAGUGAACCCAUUCCUAAAGGUCACAUUCAGGUUCAUGGUGGAGUGGUUUCAGUCCUCUAUGGGACAUCCGGAGGUUCAAAGAGAGAUCUACCGGAUCCUGGAUAUGGAGGCCGAAGGAGAAGGGGAAGGAUCAGGAGCUGGUGAGAGCGAUGUAGAGGACACAGUAGUGGGAGACGAUAACCGGUCGGUGAGAAUCGAUUAUGAUGAUGAUAUGAGCCGGAAAGAUAUGGAUGAAGAGGAGGAUAUUGUGGUUGAUGUGCUACGAACACCAACAAGGAAAACGCCAACUCCGGAUAGCCCAACACGAAAACUGACGUUGGAUCUUCCUAAGAAAGCGCGGCGCUCAGUGCGGGAAUUGUUGAAACUAGGAUACGGGACAUCCACCAGGGUGUUGAGCCCGAUUGUCGAGUCUGCCAGUGAGAAGAGGAAAAGCACUGAUGGUUCAGGAAAGAAGGGAAAGAUGAGUCGUAGAAGUGGAGAGUCGGACAGGUGA